AUGAGCAACAUGCUCCGUCGCGCCGCAAAGAAGUCUACCCUGUCUCUCCGGAAUCUGGCAAGCAAGAUGGAGCCCAAGGACAAGGGCAAGGCCAAAGAGAAGGCCAUUGAGCCUCUGCAGGAGCAGAAGAAGCCGCAAGGCAAUACCACGGUGGCUGGACCGAGCAAGGCUAUGCGCCCUCGGCUUUCUGAUGCGGCAAGACAAGCCGUUGCGCCCUGGGAAUUCGACCCCCGCACCAUGGCCCUAGAGGAGGAGAAGUAA